AUGCGGAACAAUCAUGCAGCUAGUGACGAAGACAUAUACAAGGUGGUCCGAGUAUCAGCAGCGGCUAUGACCAAGAUGAUCGAGCACGCGGACAAAGGAGGCGAGCAGGAGGUAAUGGGUAUUGUGUUUGGCAAGCAUUCUCCUCAGACUUUCGAAAUUAUUGAUGCGGUGGCGUUGCCUGUCCAGGGCACGGAUACGCGAAUCACUGCAGAUGCCUCUACGGAUGAAUGGCUGGUCAACUACUCCAUGCAACUGGAGCAGAUGGGCUGCAAGAUCUCGGCAGUCGGCUGGUACCAUACUCACCCAGGGUACAAGUGCUGGCUGUCCGGUAUAGACAUCGACACCCAAAGGCGAUACCAAACUCAUAUGGAUCCCUGGGUAGCACUUGUGAUCGAUCCCACAAAUCAAGACCAGAUCGAAAUAGGCGCGUUCAGACUAGCCGGAACCAAUAAAAACUUCCCAACCUUCGUUCCAGCGCCGGGCUAUGCCACUAAUAGCUCUCACGGCCAAAGCAAACCUCGACAAGAAGACUGCUACUACUCCAUUCCCGUUGAGCUAGUUCAGCCAGCCCAGCACUUACAAGUAACUCAAAAUAUAAACCUGGAAGACAUCUUCCAUCCCGCCGUUCCCAUGGAAGCCAAGUGCGCGCUAUUGAAAAAGGACAUUUUGCGCAGAAGGCCAGACCUGCUCGAUAGACUAAACGCAGCUACUGAGAACCACCCCGCGGAUCAAGCUGUGCCAACUGCUGGCCAAACCGUUGCCGGUACCGCCAACCUUGAAAUGAACCAGCAGCAGCAAAAUCCGGAGUCGAAGGAAAGCGUACGGGUGGUAGCACACGCGUGUGCGAUGGACCGUCCAAAUGACCCGCAUAAAAUUGAGUAG